AUACUGCAUAUUUGUUUUGAAAUGUUGGGAAAUUGUUCCUUUGAAAGGUUUAAACAAUUUCCAAAUUCAAUCACAUUUGGACAAUUUUAUUGGAUAAGAGAUUAUCUGUGCUGUAGAGAGAAAUGAUGGCAUGUACUGUAGAUGGUCUAUGUUGGUUGAAAAUGCCACGCUUUCUUUGGUAUGUGGCUAUAAAGAAAGGUACGACCACUGUAAUUGUUUGUCCGGUGUUUGGAUUUCCUUUCAAUGGCAGUUAACACAGCAGAACUGAUGAUACGCGAUGGCAGUGCGAUCAGAGCCAGAUAACUUGCAUGUGGUACAAACAGCAGAAAUAGCUUGAAAUUAUUGUUAUGUCCUGGCCAAUUGCUUAAAACAACCGUUUUCACAUACAGUAUACAUGGAAUGAAGAAAAGGGAGUCUUUUGGAUUUACGGUGGUGUGCAACGUGAGAGAUGAGUGUUUUCUCUUGUUUUUAAGUGUGUCAUAAGCGAUCAUCAGCGGGUUUCACUGAUGCACAUGUCAUAUGCUUUAUAGGCAGGCUUGUAUGUCCGCAGAACAGCGGCUCGUCAGUGCUUGCAGGAAGCUUAUGCAUUGUUAUAUUUUUCGAUCAUUUGAAUAAGCUAUACAACAUUACAGUUUGCACUGUUGUAUUGGCGUGUUUUUGUUUCCCUGUUUGUGUCUUUAUUAUGACUCAACACGUUUUCAACUCCAACAACCGAUAUUCACGACACUAGCUAUUAGAAAUUGCCCUUUGUUUGUGUUAACCUUUAUUUUGUCAGGGCUUGGAUUUCAUAUCCACUUUCUGUUACACAGGAGGUGGAUUUUAUCACAUGGAGGAAAGCCUCACCCACAUAAGUUUGGCCCCAUGCAGUAAACAAGUUAGUUGAUUGGUUUUGCUUUAUAUACUGUGAUUUAAUAAGGAAAACAUCAACGUAAGCCAGUCCAAGCAGUGUUGGUGGUACCGAUGCCAUGCUUUCCAUUGGUUCCUGUUUACAUGAUGCCCACAGGAUGCGCAGUGAUUGGUGGCGCUUCGCACGUGACCAGGCAACUUUGUACAUUUGACAGGGAGUAGGAGGGUUUUGUGGAGAUCAGAAAAACGACAGCGCGAUAAAAAUUAGUAUUGUUGCACUUCACAAAUUAAUGACCAUGAGUUCCUACUUGAUAAACUCCAACUAUAUCGAGCCUUCCUUUCCUCCAUGCGACGAAUAUCAGCAGAGCGGAUACAUCCCCAACCCUGGUGAUUACUACGAGCGGUCAAAAGAUACGGGCUUCCCCCAUCACGACGAGCAAUCCUAUCCGAGGUCAAACUAUACAGAAACGGGGUACGAUUACGGCAACGUUCCCGCCACCGGACUCGAUGAUUUCGGCGAAGGACAUCACGAACAGCCGCAACCGGUUCCACAGAGCCACGGUCCUCGCGUUACCGCGGCCCCAGAUGGUGGCGCAGGGGCAAAUGCGAGCAAAGACUGCAGCCUCGCCGGUGAGGUAUAUCCCGGUGUAGCGAAGGGCAAGGAGCCGGUGGUCUAUCCUUGGAUGAAAAAGGUCCACGUUAACAACGUCAAUCCCAAUUACACUGGAGGAGUGCCCAAGAGGUCCCGCACUGCCUACACCCGCCAGCAGGCUCUGGAGCUGGAGAAAGAGUUCCAUUUCAACCGGUACCUGACCCGGCGCAGGCGGGUGGAGAUUGCGCACACCAUGUGUCUGUCAGAGCGCCAGGUCAAGAUCUGGUUUCAGAACCGGAGGAUGAAGUGGAAGAAAGAGCACAAGCUUCCUAACACCAAGAUCCGUUCUUCCACCUCGGCCUCGUCCUCAGCCUCGGGGGCCCAGCAGCAGCAGCAGCAGCAGCAGCAGAUCAAAACAGGCCAGCAGCUUGUCCCCACGCCGUGCACUGCAGGUCUAUAGUGCCUGAAUGAACCCCAUCCCACAAAAAACCCAAUCCAGACUGAGAUGGCAAAUAUCACAAGUGGAAUUUGAUGGACCGAUUCUCAGUAUUUUACACAUGGUGUUAUCUAUUUCACCUUGCCUCUGCCAUUGGGCCCCUAUCACGUCCUUUGUACCCUUUCUCCUCUCCGGUCGUCCUCGCCCUCUUCAUAUAAGCUUGAAAUUCACCUUUAAUUGCCACGAUGGCAACUGAAGUGUUUAUAUAUUUGUUUAUUAUUAUGAAAGAAGGAUAACGCACAUUCAAACGUAUGGAUCAAAAUGUAUCAUUGCAGUUAAAAUUGAGUGAGUUAAAAGUACGUUUUAACUCAUUUUUCUAUCUUUUCUUUGAGUAUUGUUUUUUUUAUUAUUAUUUCUCAUGGAAAGCUCUAAUAUACUUGAAAUAUAUUUAGCGAGACUCUAGAUGGCUGUUUAGAGGUAUGGCAUCAGUCAGAGUAACAGUGUAGUUUGUGUGUUUGAGUCGGUUGGUUUACUGUUGAAUGUAGUCCAUGGUGACUUUCACAUUUAAUGUACAUAGGCAAAUCAUAAUGAAGGCACAACAAGAGAAGCAUUUCGUCACGUAGAAAUAUGUUUGUUGGUAUUGUAAGGUCUAGGUUUAUUCGUGCUAGUCCGUCCCAUGUUGUGCUGUGUUCUAAACUGUGAAUAUUUGUAUCUGUUGUCUCAGUAAUGACCUUUGUGAUGUAGGCUAGUGUAGGCUCAGUCUGUCCUUGUGAAAUAAAUAUGUACUUCACUUA